GGCCAAGUUGUUGGAGUCAUCCCACGCUUGGCUCGGAGCCUCCACGUCGAGUAUAGCAGCUGACUAUACGACCCUGCUGAAGCUGAAGGCGCCCACGUGGACGCGGCACGAUCUCCAGGAAGCGAUCGAGGCCGUGGUCACUCAGAAGAUGCGAUUCACCCAGGCGUCGACCAAAUACGGGAUACCGAAAGGCACCCUCUACGACAACAUCCUCGGGAAGACGAAGCGAAUGAUGGUCCUCGAAGAGGCGGGCCUGAACUCGAGCGAGGAGACGGCCGUGCUCGAGUUCUGCUGCGACAUCAGCGUCAGCCCGUACAACCGUCGCACGAAAAAGUCGCUGAACGCGAUCCUGAACUUCGUGGAGAAACUCAGACGGAAGCGCGAACCGGGCUUCGUGUUCAACGGUCUCUCGGGUUUCCGUUGGUGGUGGGCUUUCUGCAAAAAGCACUCGAUAGUCUCGCUUUAUUUCAAUGACGAAAACGAGAACGAUCAAUGAGAUCGGUGAACCGCGUGUUUCGUUUCGUUUCGUUUCGUCUGGUCUCGUCACAUCGCCUUGAACCUCGUCGCGGUCCGCGUCUUCCGUCGAGAGCACCAAUGUCCCCCUUCGACCAACGACCGUGCCUUCAUUCCAGAUACUUUCUCGUGAUCCGUCGGCGCGCGGCAAUUAACUUGCAGCGAUCGCGGUUAGAAUUCUUCGACCAUAUAUUUCACAUUCCACGCGCAUUCCCCGUACCCCCGAACGAAACCGUUCCGAAGGUCUCGUUUGAAAUCGGCGACCACUCUCUGCAGCAGGACCAAUAGCGAACACGAUAAAUUAUAGCAAUAAUAGCGCUAAUGAUUACGUUUAUAGUAAUAGGAAUAAUAAUAUAUUAUCCGCGUUGUCGCGGCUAACGAUCGUACCAGCGAUAAUAUAGUGCCUUUUCCCCGACGUCUUCCACUCGAAUAGAAUUUAUCGUAAAUUCGAUCCUCCGAUCGUAGUCCCCGACUCGACUCUCGUCGCUCGCGAACGGAUCUAUCGAUUAACGCGCGGUGACCGUACGAUCCGCGAUGUUCGAAGCUGACUUUCCACUUCCACGCGUGCCUUUUUCCAUUGUGAUUUCCGCGAAUCUCACGAUUCGAUCGUUCGAGAUUACUAGAGUUUAGGAUACUUAGAAUCGACUGCGUAAAGUGAGAAACUAUCAUCGACAACAGUCGAGUCGUCUCGAAAGCGAUGCUAUUUUUAUAACGAUUUGUACAUUUAAAAUAUUCGGUCGAGCGAAUUCGUCGGCGAAUUCGGGACUUGUCGACGAUCGAGACGUUUCUAAUCGUCUCGAAUUUAGAGGGCGACGCCGCAAAGAGCCGGCCGGAUUCUCGCGAGAAUCGAACGUUCGCUCGACGCGACAGUGCGAAACCGGUCGAUUCUUCCGCGCGAGCGAGAGCGCGCCUCUUUCGCGAACGGUUCGAUGCAUAGAAAAUUGUUUGAAUUAAUUAGCGGCCUUGCAGCACGCGUUGAGUGAAUUGUUUCAAUGUGAUCGGUGGAUGUUGCGCAACGAAUGGUUGAACGACACCGAACUAUGUUACAGAUACUCGUUCGCCAAUAGAACCGCUGGAACUGAAAUCACCUGGAGACCGAACAAAUCGCCGCGCUCCUCCCGCGAACGUUUCCGAUCCCGAGUCCCGACUUCGCCCGUACAGUUCGUAGAGAUUAAAGAGACAGAGCAUAUUUUUUUACAAAGAUGUUCGAAACUCGAAGAGCGUCGCGCGGAUCGAGCGUUCCUGUUGUAAUUAUAGUCGAGCCAAAGGAUUAGGCUUCUCGAGGCCAGCGAGCGGUAGUACUACCACCCUGUCAUUUAGUUGGCCGAAACAGGGCCGGUAAUAGCGGCGAGAAGAAAGUGGAAGAUCGCGGCAACCGUUGUACACCGAGUAGAAACGUUCACGGGCGCACUCGAUUAACGCGAUUCGCAAUCGAAGAGCUUGGCCUCGAGCUGCUAAAGCCUUUCGUCGUGACUCCAGCGCGAACGAGCGAGAGCUUCAGCUUUGGCGCGUGUUUCGGACGCAUAUCUCGGAUAUGCACCGCGAAUCGAUUUCUCGAAACCGCGUCGAAUCCGGGGACGAAGCUCGACGGGAUACUUUUAGGAUCGAUCGCACGUCUCGCGACAUCCUUGCCGCUAAGACUCCCGUUCCGUGAUAUCUAGAAUUAUAGCGCUACCUCGUCGAGACAAAACGUCGCAUUCCGUGGCGUAUCGUUUCGUUUACGUUUCGUUUUAACGUAUCGCGAUCGCGUCUUGAGUCGCGGGAAAGACGCGCCGCCACCGCGUUCGCAAAUAUCCCGACGCGAUAGUCCGUCGUUGAUUGAUCUCCCGCGCGAGAUAACGGUAAGCCUGGCUCUGAAGAAUUUCGGCGCGCGGCGGUGUCGAUCGCGAAACUGCCAUUUCACUUUUCCAGGGUAUUUCGCGAGGCAACGACGACUGACAAGCGUCUUCGAAGCUAUAAGAAGCUGGGACUCCGUCUUUAUCCCUAUUAUACAUUCCUCGUUAACUGUAAGGCGAUAAAUGAUUCCUUUUCGUACCAAAAAACUGCCGGAGAGUCUCCGUUUUUUAUAGUCCGGGAGGCGUUAAUAGCGUUCUACGCUUUGACUCUCCGCGGUCGUCGCGGAGGACCGAUAGAAAGAUUGAUAAGAAAACCGAAUAGUAGUCGUCUAUCUUGCUGGAACGAUUCCAAACGGCCGACGAACGAGUCGUCUCCGCGGUUUCUAUCGUUCGCGUCGCUCGCACGCGUGCGCGACGGGACUCGCGUCCGCGCAAGUUAGCGGGCGCGUCUUUCCAAUUAAUUGUAUUAAUCGUCAAAUUGGAGGAUGCUCAAUUAAACCCAAUAAGUUAACUAUUAAAUAAUCGUUGCGAAUUGAGGUCAGCCGUCCGCGGCGCACAGCCGGUGUGCGUUCGAGUCGUAUCGCGCGCGGAGGCAAACGGCUGCGAGCCUGCGAUUACCGGUUUAACGUUAAGCAAAAUAUUUUCUAUUAACGACCGAGCUUGUUCCGUUACGAACUCACGCAGGUUUUCUUUAUUUCUGUCUCUUUCACUCUGUUUCUCUUUUCUCUGUCUUCCUCCUCGUUUUCUUUUCUUUGCGACGAUUGUAUGCUAACGACAAUACAAUCGAUACGUGAACGUACAGAAGCCGAUGUGUGUGUGUAUCUUUAUUCCUCGACCCGUUCCCCGCCACAAUUUGCCUUUCAACACUUUGUUCGCAGGUACGCUUCGGCGAAGCAGCUACCGAGGAACCUAUCCACGUGAUUCUCGCACCUUGACUCGACUUACCCACGUUUGACAGCUACCAAUAUCAACUGCAGUCGAUGUGGCAGAAGUGCUGGAACACCAAUCAGAGCCUGGUGCACAACCUACGUUUCCGGGAACGCGGCCCGCUCAAGUCCUGGAGGCCGGAAACGAUGGCGGAGGCGAUCUUCAGCGUCCUCAAGGAGGGAUUAUCCUUGAGCCAAGCCGCGAGGAAAUACGACAUCCCGUACCCGACGUUCGUUCUUUACGCCAAUCGGGUGCACAACAUGCUGGGUCCCAGCGCCGACGGCGGGGCCGAUCUUCGCCCGAAAGGAAGAGGCAGACCGCAAAGGAUCCUCCUCGGUGUCUGGCCUGACGAGCACAUCCGCGGUGUGAUCCGGGCCGUCGUUUUCCGCGACGGUCACUCCCCGCACAUCGUCAAGGAGGAACCGGCCUCGAUGUACCCAAGUUUGGCAAAUUACGCCGCCUGCAAUGGACCGGAAGGAGCGGUCAGCCCCGGAGCUGCAGCCGCGGCCGCGGUUGCCGCGGUCGCCCAAGGCUUGCGACACCAAAUGUGCAGCAUGGUGGCAGCGGCGCAUUCGCAACAACACGACAUGAUGGCGACGAAUCUCUCGACGAACCUCUCGACGAAUCUCUCGACGAGUCUUUCGUCGAACCUCCAGGCAGCGAUGCAGGCCAGCCAGCAUCAUCACAACAGCAACAAUAGCGGCGCCGUGAUCGGCAGCAACAACGGCAGCGGCGGCGGAGGCGUUCCCGGUCCCGGCAACAAUGGCAACUCGCCGUUGAAUCUCGGUUUAGCCAGCCCGGGAUCCGGUGGACCGCCGGAGAGCCCGAUGGAGAGUCCCCUCGCGAGUCCGUUGGGACCGUUGAUGGACCCUGGACACAUACCAAGCAGCGUGGAAGUCGGAAUCGGUGUCAGCGGAAUGACAUACAAGCCGACGCGAAGCUUCGUCAGCCCGCGGCCGGAGAAUCUCUUCCAAGAGGAUAUCGCGGAUCUCGUCAAGAGCCCCCACGGGCUCAAGGACAAGGAUAAAAUCCCCGUGAAGCUCGAGCCACUGACGGACUCUCGUUGCGAAUAGUAAGCCAGAGAUAGCCGAAUACGAAAGAGCUAAUCGUUGCCGGUUGGAUCGGCCGGAGAAUAAUCGGUCGCCUACCCAACUAGGAUCUUAGCAGCAGGCUACACCGUUGGGCCUCGUGGCGAGAUCCGCGAGCAGCGGCCGGCUCUUUCCGCGAAACCGAAUCUCCGAUCGGAGGGAUGCUCGCGACGCCACGGAUCACGCGAUCCGACUCGAUUAAAUCGGAAGAAAGGAGCCGGUCGGCAGAUUCAUCCGAUCACGACAGAGCUAUCGGUCUCGCGUCGCGCCGCAGCGAAUCGAAUCGAAUCGAAUCGAAUCGGCUCGGCUUGAAUCGGAUUCGGUUCGAUCGUGCGCGGUGCGGUUCGAUUCUUUCAAUGUCCCGCUUAGUCGCGAGCGAACUGUGCGACGAUUCGUUCUCGCGGCGACGCGAAAGUAUACCUAUUACGAUCUCGAAUGAGAUCGAGGCUUACAAUCAAAAUGAUGCAGAGAAGAGAAACGGAGAAGAGGAACCGUGAACGAGCGACACACGGAGUAGGGCUGCGGGGUCGCGAUCGGUGCCCGAUCCUCGAUACCAGACCGAAAAUUUUCUUCCCUCGCGACCUCGGGCACCGAUCGGGAUCGCGCGGCCGACUCUAGCUGUCCCAUAGGCAACCAGUUUCGUAGCCAGCUGAUCAAUCGAUGGUAAAUCGGAAAGAUCACGCUGUCAGACCGGAAACGGUCGUCGGUGGACUCGCGCGCGAGUCCAGCGGCUCCCGGAAAGUAUGUUGUAUUCACGAAGCAGAAGAGCGAGCACCGCGUGGCGCAGGGACACACGCUUAAACUCGAGAUUUAUAUAUCCACGCAUAUACGAUAACCGUACGUUUAAUGCCAAAUGUAUAGUAAUUGGCCGUGGGCCACUAUCCGCGUCGACUCGAUCGCCGCCGAGAUCGGACCGAUUCCUCGACGCGGACUAGAUGUUUCAGUUUUUGAUCGAGACGCGGCCCGUCGGAAGUCGCGACCCCGGGCGCGAGAAAAACCGGCUGAACGCCAGCUGGGUUCAGUCCGCUUCGAACAUAGGAAAUACACGCGAGAAGCGGCGCUAGUGUUCGAGGUACCGCGAGUAGUCCGACGGGUCCGAGAUGUACAAAAUUUGCUUACGAGUGUCUGUCGUACGAGAGAGAGAGGACGAUUAAAUCUUUACGGAACGAGAGAAGAAAGAGAAGCAUCGUUCGGCUCGAGCGAACACCUUAGGACGCGAAAGAAAGAACAACAAAAACCGAUUGCUAUACCUUAUUAAGUGUAAUGAUUGCCUUCCUGCCAUAUUUGGGGUAUGCCAAGUAUAAAAAUUAUAAGGUUUAGAGAUUAGGGAAACGAGAAAAUUAACGGCGACACACGGCCGCGGAAAUUCAUUGAAUUUGGAACUGGAGAACAUGUCGAUAGGUGUGUGAGUGUGCGAGAACGGCGUGCAUCCGUUAAACCGUGCGCGAGUCGACGAGAGAGACACUUGCUUGCCUGAGAUUCACCGAGAGAAUGGGGGCGUGACCGCGCGACCGAAUGAAUUUGUUUCGGAAAGAUCGUGCUAUUUUUCAAAAUUUUACAUAUUGCGCGUACGACUUUUCGCGAUGGGACCCUCGAUCCUCGACAAUCGAAGAACGAUGAGCGUCGAGUAGCCGUCGAAUCGAUCAUUUCGUCGGCCGGACCCAGCGAUCGGCCUGAUUCGGACCCAACUGAAGCCAAGGGUCUGCUUCUCUGAUUCGGAUUCGCGUCUACUCCUCGAUCGUUCUUGCCACUGGCUGUCGUUCAGAGAUAUCGUGCGACGUCCACGAGCGAGUUCGUUUCGGGCCUAGUCAUCCUAUCCCAGGGACAGAUAGCGGGAAGGACAGCGCGUGAAAGAAUGCGAGUGCGAGUGAGGCAGAGAAAGGGUGCUGGAAAAAGAACAAGGUGGACGGGGGGCACUAGUGUGAAAGAAAGAACGGAACUUUCUAGAAACAAAAAAAGGAGAGAAAGAGAGGGUGAGAAAGAGAAGGUGAGAAAGAGAGGGAGAGAAAGAGGGGGAGAGAAAGAGAGAGAGAGAGAGUGAGAGCGAGAGAAAGAGAGAGAAAGAAGAUGUUGAGAAAGAGAGAAAGAGAGAGGAAGCAGAUUUUUUAAAGUUGGCACACCGGUUCGAGUGACUCUUUGUAAGUAUUAAAAAAGUAAACAAAAACAAUUUUCGAAGUGGCCUUCUGUGAAAGGAAAAGACCAUCGCUUUUCGCUUUUGCUCGGAAAAUGGAGCGCAUAGGUUCGGUCAGUCGUAUUAUCCGCUUGUCUAGACAAUUUUUCGGAAAGACCGUUGUUCUCGCGCCACUCCCCUACCGGAAGCUUUAACGACGAACGGAGAAGAGGGAAUAAAAUGGUUCGUAGGAAAGUAUUCGAGGAGGAUCGAUUAGCAAGAUAUAUUAUUAUUAUCGGCCAUUAGAAAAAUAAAAAAUUUUCGGGGAAACUUUGAGACGCGUUAUUCUUGAUACGAAAGAUUUUUUUGGGGGGCGUGAUCGAAAAAGAAGAGAACCUUUUCGUGGCGUUAAUACAGUCGACGAGUGGUGAGAGUACCGAUCGAGCACGAUUUUAUUUUCCGCGUGAAUCGGAAUAAGGAAGAGGGGAUAGGAAACAAACGAAAAUACGGUAGAUCGCGAUCUUAAAAGAUUUUAUUACGAUUUAGGCUUAAUGUGUUCAACGAGAAGGUAAAUUUGAACGAAACCAACGGCGAGGGCGGAGCGAAAGAAGAUAUUCGUGAGCCGAAGCGAGGAGAUGGGAUUGGGUGGGGUAAAAAGGGGA